AUGCAAAGAGUUUUGAAUCGAACUCCUAAGAAAACGCCUGUUAAAGUUUAUAAUCCUCGGCCGAACGACUAUUGCAGAGUUUGUAAAGAAAAUGUGAAGAUCAAUGGAUGUUCUCAAGUAAAUAUAUUCAGUGAGAAAAAUCAGGAUUUCCUUCGCCGCUUCAGAAAUAUUGUAGACGCAAAAGUCGAAGACAUUAGCAAGAUCUCUCAAGUUCUUUGCAAGAAGUGCUAUAGAACAGUUUUAAAGCACGAAAAGUCACUAAGCCAAGCAAAAGAACUCCAAGAGUUUAGGAAAAAAUACACAGAGGUACCGAUCGAUGUCGGUGAAUUUCCGCGACAGAAGAGAUGCGCGAGGUAUUCCCCAAGCACAACGUCGCCGGGUACCGAAAAAACCUUCUCACGACCAGUUAGCAAUCCAAAAAGCAAACGAAAGAUUUUUUCAUCUGCAGAUAGAAAUAAUUCCUUAAGAGAUGAACUUCUUUCGAAAACGCAAGAACGCAACACAUCACCUACAGUGGUCUUUAUAUACUACCCGUCAGGUCUAGUACAUAAAAUAAUCGAUCGGGAAAUAGAUGCUACCAUCGUAAGGCAAAUCUAUUCUAAAGAGUACAGCGGAGUGAUAAAUUCUAUCUGGAAACAUCCUGAACUCAAGAGUGGGGUACUUGAAAGGAUACAGAUUGAAAUCGAUAAAGAAUCAAGUUCGUUGUGCAGCACUAACGUGCCAUCAAUUCUGAGGAAAACCAAACCAAAAGAUUUGAUAGAGUUUUCGGGGAAAAAAUGCGAAGAGGAACUGAAAACAAGAGCUCCAAUUCUUUAUGGUUGUAUGUAUAGUGUUGCAAAUGCAUUUGAAAAGAAGAAAAUAGACAAAAAAUUUCAGAAGAAAAUAGAAAAUGACAUCAACAAGCAGGGAGCACCAAUAUCUCUUGCAGCAUCCAUCCUCUUGAAGCAGAGAUGCCCCCAGAUGUCUGCCAUUGCAUACAGAUUUGCACUCGGAGUGUUAUGGCAUAGUGGAGCCAAAAAACAGGGAUACUUACGAGCAAACCAUUGGGGAGUGUCAGUAAGCCACACCAGUACAUUGCAGAAACUGGAUGAGAUGGGGAGCAAUUUUGAUGAUGAUGUCAAGAUGUGGAAAAGCAAACUUGUAAAGUACCAUCUUAUUAAUGAAGUCCUGGAAAAUGUGGAUCAGUAUGUAAAUGCAAAGGAGAAAGAGCACAUACCUGAAGGAUUUCAAACAACUGAUGUCAGCAGUCUAUCCCUUUCCUUUCCAGAAGUACCUACAAAUGAUGAAGCAAGGAUGUCCUGCAGUGAUGAGAUUUCAGAAAACCAGUCAACGGCAUUGCAGCUGAAGGAUGGAACUGACAUCCUCAAUAUAAACCGAGAUGACCAAGCUGGGUUUCGUCUGGAUACCCUAGCCACCCAUAACAGGCAUGCAACAUUAUGCUUGAAAGACAACGUUCCACUUACAACUAAAACAGAUUAUGUUAACAAAUAUUCCUCAACACUUCAGACAACAUCAUAUAACUUUUCUGGUACWGACACAACUUUAGAAUUAUGUGCUGGAAUUGUUAAGGCCAYGCCACUUCAUCAGAAAAAUCCUGCACAACAUGCAUACGAUUUGAAUGUGAUUGAGAAAAAUCCAGAGGURGAGCCAGCAUUUGUCAACCAUAUCACAGGAAAGAGGAAGAGUAAAGUAUGUGUCCGAGUGGAUGGAGGUAAUGAUGAAGGGCCAUCACAUACAGAAGUCCAAUUUUGGUGGACUAACUAUCAUCUUGAAAAAUCAUCCAAAGUGUUAAUUGUAUCUACCAGAGAUAGUGGCUCAAGCAACAGGAACCGUGUUGAACUGCAGAAUGGUUGCCUUGCUCUUGGACAUAGUAAUUUAUUUAUUCCGUCUACACUUAAUGGUUCAUGCCUUGACUCAAAUACCGGAAUGAUCAAUGGCAUUAAGCUUAAAGAGAAUCUCAGUGAUGCCAUUCACAUUUACAUCAGCAGAGUUGAUAAAACGCCAUGUGCCAAUACCAAGAUUCACCUGUACAAAGGAAGUGACAGCUCAUCGUAUCAGGAAGAUAGAGCAAUGAUUAAAACCUAUUUGAAAGGUACUGCAGAGGAUAAAAGACAGUUAAAACGUCAAAGUCCAGAAAAAUACAAGUGGAUCGAUGAUGUAUGGUCAUUACGAAAUCGUCAUUUGGUGACUGGACUGCCUUCCAAGUAUGUAUUCCAUCUAUUUCUCUGCUACCAUAGUGAUUGCAUUCAUCCAUUGUGCAAAACUGGAAAGCCAGCUGUGCAAGAGACCUGGUAUGAAGGAGGACCUCCACUAAACUUCACUCCGCUUCCUGUGGUAGAUACAAAUAGGCCAUUUGGAAAUCAAAACUGUUCUGACUGUAAAGACCAAGUAUGUUCAGGGCAUUACAUGGUGCCAACAGAUAUUGCAGUUCAAAACUGCAUAUUUAUCCCUUCUUAUUGUAAUCCUAUUCUUAAGGUGUUUUGCAGAGAAUGUGCAAAAGAUKUCCAUUUUGAUAGAAAUCAGUUCCAUGUGUUAGAGUUAUGGCAGGAUGACAAGUUUAUACCAUUGUAUCCAGAUCAUGGAGUACUAGGAUAUGGUCAUAAAUGCCCCACACAAAUCAAGAAGCCAUUUACUCUUAUUGACUUCUAUGGUUAG